GGAGGAGGAGAAGGAGGAGGAGGACAACACUGGGCAGCCAAGCGGCUCCGGACGGUAGAGGAGGCCGGUGGAGAGGAGGAGGACUCUGGCGGAGAGGAGGCGACGCGGAGCCGCAGGAGCCGAGGCACCAAGGUUGCCGUGGACGACGCUCACCGCAUCCCGCCGUCCCCGGUGGUCCACGUCCGAGGGCUGUGUGCCGCCGUGGUGGAGGCCGACCUGGUGGAGGCGCUCGACAAGUUCGGAAACAUCUGCUACGUGAUGAUGAUGCCCUUCAAGCGCCAGGCUCUGGUGGAGUUCGACGGCGUGGAGAGCGCGGGGCGCUGCGUGGCGCGCGGCGCCCGCGAGGCCGUGCGCGUGGCCGAGCAGCGGGCCUUCUUCAACUUCUCCACCAGCCAGAGGAUCAGCAGGCCCACCAGCGCCGACGAGCCCGGCAGCGGGAACAAGGUUCUGCUGCUGUCCGUCCAGAACCCGCUGUACCCCAUCACCACCGAUGUUCUCUACACCGUCUGUAACCCCGUCGUUAACGUCCAGCGAAUCGUCAUCUUCAAGCGCAACGGCAUCCAGGCCAUGGUGGAGUUCGAGUCGGUGGAGGACUCUCAGAGGGCCAAGCUGGCCCUGAACGGGGCCGACAUCUACUCCGGCUGCUGCACGCUCAAGAUCGAGUACGCUCGGCCCAACAGACUGAACGUCCUCCGCAACGACAACAGCAGCUGGGAUUACACCCAACCCCUCCUCCCGCAGCGAGAGAGAGGAAAGGGGAGGCAACGGCAGGCCAUACUGGGAGAACAUCCAUCCAACGGUUAUGGCUCACACUGCCCCCUGCUGCCUCUGCCCGCGAACAGCAGGUACAGGAGGCGUAGCGAGGAGGUGCAGCAGGACAUGACCUCCUACCCGCCGCUCCACCCUAAGACCUCCCACGCCUCCUCUUCCUCCUACUCCUCCUACUCCUCCUUCCCGGGCCACACCGCCUCCAGCGCAGUCGCCAUGGCGAGCGGCCUCCAUCCCGCCAAGAUGAACUGCGGCCGCGUCUUCAACCUCUUCUGUCUCUACGGCAACGUGGAGAAGGUGAAGUUCAUGAAGAGCGUUCCUGGCACGGCGCUGGUGGAGAUGGGGCACGAGUACGCCGUGGACCGGGCCGUGACUCACCUCCACGGCCUCAAGGUGUUCGGCAAAAAGCUCAACGUCUGUGUGUCCAAGCAGCAGGCGGUGAUCCCCAGUCAGGUGUUCGAGCUGGCGGACGGCGGCAGCAGCUACCAGGACUUCAGUCUGAGCAGGAACAAUCGCUUCGGCAGUGCGCAGAGCACGCGGAACAUCAUCCAGCCGGCCGCCGCCGUCCUGCACUUCUACAACGCCCCGCCCACCCUGAGCGAGCACCAGCUGCACGAGCUCUGCACCGAACGCGACGUUCCCGCCUUCACCAAGUUCAAGCUCUUCGACGCCAAACCCGGCGCUAAGACGCUGUCCGGUCUGCUGGAGUUUGACAGUAAAACUGAAGCUGUGGAAGCUCUGACCGUCCUGAACCACCACCAGAUCAGAAUACCCAACACCUCCAACCCCUUCACCCUGAAACUCUGCUUCUCCACCUCCUCCCACCUGUGA